AUGAAUAUAAUUAUAAAAAGUCUGAACAAAAAUUAUUAUUUUAAUUUAAUAAAAAAAGUAACUUUUUAUGAUUCUGUCGUAAUUAAUAAUUUUGAUUUAAAAAAUAAUCAAAAUAUUUUAUUAACUAACCUUAAUAUAAUAAAAAAUGAAAGUCUUUUAUUGAGUAGUUGUUUAAACUUUUUGAAAAAUUUUGAAAAUUUUUCUGUCAUUUGUUGUGGUUGUAACGAUCCUAAAAGUAAAGUUCAACUAAAAAAGUCAAUUUGGUUUUCAAGUAUUGGUUUAGAAAUGAAAGACUUCAUAGAAUAUUGUUACAAAGAUAAUGAGGAAAUGAAAAAUGAUAAAAUAAAGAUAUUUGAAGAAAUUGUAAAAUUGGAAUGCCCUGUAAUAUUAAAAGACAAAAAUACAAUCCUAACUGAAAGUGAAAUAGCUCCAAAAAAAAUUGUCAAUUCUUCUAAAAGAAUGAGAUAUUUUUUUAACAUAUCUGAAAUUCAUAAAUUCUCAGGAGAACCAGAUUUCUCUGAUUUCACAAGAUUAAUGAUAGGGUUCUAUAAUAUUUGUAAAAUUUAUAUAAAAAGGAAAGAAGAUGAUAGAAUAGAAUUAAAACACAUUGUAGAAAAAGUUAACUAUUUUCAUUUUGUUUUAUUCUAUAUUUACAAUUAUUUAUUAAAAUAUAAGCAUUUUAAUUACAACAAUGUGGAAGAAGGAAAUAGAAAUUCUAUAUUAAAAUAUUUAAAAGAGAAAAGAAGGAAUAUGCAUUUGGUAAAAAAUCAAUUAUUACAAGAAAAAGUUUUAAAUAUACCAAAAGAAUAUUCUAAUUCUUUAAUACCAACAAAUAAAGCUAAAAUGAAAAAAAAACAAAAAAACAUUUUUGAAAGAAUACAAAAAUUUAGAAGAAAAUCAAAAAUAUUAGAAGAUGAAGAAAAAUUUAUGUGGGUAGAGGAAAAGGAUGAUGAUUUAGAUGAAAAUAAUACAAGUUUAAGUCAUGAUAAAUUAUAUGAUAGUAAGAAUAAUAAUGAUAUUGAUUGUAAUGAAAACAAUUAUAAUUUAAAUAAUAUUGAUAGCGAUAAUAGUUUAAUAGAAAUAGAAAAUAAAAAUGAAAAUUAUCCUUUGUUUCGUUUUCAAUAUAUUUCAAAAAAAGAGGAAGAUUAUGAAUCUAACAAUAUUUUCAGUUAUAACAAAAUGUAUAAUAAUUACACCAAGUUAUUAGAAAAAAAAGUAUAUAUCAAUUUAGAUGACCAUCCUAUAAAUGAAGAUAUUAUAAAAUCAGAAAAUAUUCUUUUUAGAAUUCCAGAAGCAAUAGGAGGAUAUACCUUCAUUAAUUAUGUUGAAAAUAUACCAAAUAAUUAUAUUUUUCCAAUUAAUGAAAAUUUGUAUAAAGGUAUACAAGUAUAUAAAAAAGAAGAAAUCAAUAUAGACAGUUUAUGGAAAAAUAUUGAAAAUGAAACUUUGAACAUAAAAAAAAUAGGUUUUUUUAAUCCUUUUAAUAUAAAAAAGAAUUUGGAUUCUUUACAACAUAGAAAAAAUACAAAUGAUAAUAGCAACCUUGGAAAUGAUUAUGACGAAAUUACUGAGCUAAAAGAUGAUAUGAUGAGCUUUCAAGAAUAUAUAUAUGACAAAAAUAGAGAAAAAAGAAAACAAUCUAGGAGAAACAAAAAUAAGGAAUUGGACAAAAUUUCGUAUAAUGCAUCCAACAAUGAAAAGGAUGAUAAUGAAGAUGAACGAUUUGAAUAUUUUAAGAAAUUAAAAAACGAAAACUCCAACAUAGAUGAUCAUUUAGAAUUAAAAGAACAAAUUAAUAGUAUUUAUGAUAAUACAUAUAAUGAAGAAUCUAACCAAAAUUAUAAGCAUACAUAUAAUAUAAGAAGAAAAUUAAAUGAUGAGGAAAAAAAAUUAGAAACAGUUAUAUUGGAUGAUAUUAAAGAGGAAAAGAGAAAUCUUAUUGAAGAUGAUAAAAAAGAACUAAAAGAACAUUCAUUUUAUAUUUGUAAAAAUAUAAAAUUUCCAGAAUUAAAAAAAGAUGAGAACAUCAAAACAAAAAAUAGAAAUAAAUUCUUAAAUGAUGAACUUCAAAGAUAUAUCCGACCUCAAAUACCUAAAAAAAAUUCGAACAUAUCUGAUUUAAAAAGUAAAACUAUAGAAGCCCAUUCUCCAUCAAAGAAAGGGUAA